UGUACGCUCAAUACCAAGACUGUGGAGUGUGCAAAGAAGAGAGAGGGAGUGAGAGAGGAGAGAGGUGGGGGGGGAUACAGUUGGAUUUGGAUACAACUGGAAAACUACCAAGCGCGCAGAGCACGCACCGAACGGACGGCACAUCGACGGUGCGUAGCCAGCAUUUCAUCUACUCCCCGUCCCCUUUAGAUCGGAUUGAGCCGAGAAUGGACCUCCCUGCCGCCGGAGAGCAUGUCUUUGCGGUGGAGGGCAUCGAAAAGAAGCGCAUUCGAAAGGGCAAGAUAGAGUACCUGGUCAAGUGGCGAGGCUGGUCUCCCAAAUACAACACAUGGGAACCAGAGGAAAACAUCCUUGACCCGCGCCUUCUCGUCGCGUUUCAACUCAGAGAGAGGCAGGAGCAGAUGAUGGGAUAUCGAAAACGUGGACCGAAACCAAAACAUCCUUUUUUCCAGGUGCCCUCAUUUGCCCGAAGAUCAAGUAUUCCUACUGGUCUUGAGGAAACAUCUCAGGAUGCAGAAGCCAACCUGAAGUCUGAUCCCAUUCAGGUGCAGCAGCGCUCCCAGCCUCAGCAGUACCAACUGAACAGCAAGAAGCACCAUCAGUACCAGCCCAGCAGCCAGGAGAUCCCUGGUGACCAGAUGGCCAACAGCAAGAAGAAGUUUAUCUAUCAGCUAAACAGCAAGAAGCACCAUCACUAUGAGCCUGACCCAAAUAUGUAUGAUGCACAGGCUACUAGGCUCAAAGAGGUGGUUAAAGUUCAGGAAGCAACCAGUAAACCUGCAAAUCCAGGCUGGAACUUACCUCUGGCCCUGCAGCAGAAGUGGGUCCGUGACAAAGACACGGGCUGCCUGAGCAAAGUCAAAGAGCUGGCCGUGGAAGUGAGGAAGCCAGCUGUUAAAGAGGCGGAGAGCGAGCACGCCCUUAAACCCAAUCCUAAAGAUGCAACCCUGCCAAGUGCUAUUAGCAGCAAAAUGAAGAUAAUCAAGAAUAAAAACAAGAAUGGACGCAUUGUUAUUGUCAUGAGCAAAUAUAUGGACAGUAACAAGGUUCAUGGAGCAAAGGGUAAACACGGGGAAUCAUCGAGAGAAGAGAAACCCCAAAACAUCAAAGUGUCAGAAAACAAUCCAGCACAUGGAACCAAAUUGGAGAAGCACUUGGAGAACGGUGUCCCCAAAGAGAUUUGUAAUGGAAGUUCCCUCUCUGUAGCAGAGCAUCCUAUAAAGUGUUCCCCAAAAGACAGACAUUUCUCCAAACCUUCACCAAGCACAGCAGAGGAAUACAACACCGAAGUGGCUCGGGGUCAGGCUGAUUUGCCGGACGAUUUACCUUUACAGCUGACCGCGAGCUCUCCUCCAACUUCUUGGGCUGUGGAUACCAGCAUCCCAACUCCAACAGCUGUCGACCACAUCCGGAUUCCUUCUUUUCCCAGUGACCGCAAGAGGAAGCUCUCAGAUCCCGUGGAGGACAGGAGCAUAUCCAAACUCUACCUGGGUUCGAGGAGCUUCAGUGUGCCUAGCACUGUGCCCACACCACCGCAGGAUAAACCAAUGGACCUCCACUGCAGCGGCCCACGCCACAGCAGUGUAUGUACGUAUGAGGAUUUGGGCAGCCAAGAGGAGCCGAUGGACCUCAGCUGCCCAAAGACUAAGAAGCAGGCUGAAGCAGAAACACAGCCGGAGCCUGAGCCCACUGUCAAAGAUACGCCUCCUGUGACAGAGGACACGCAGGAAACCACAGAGGGAUCUAAAGAAGCACCUGUUAAAACAGUCUCCCCUUUUAUGGGAAAUAUCAUUAUCACUGACAUCACAACAAACAGUCUCACCGUAACCUUUAAGGAAUAUGUUUCUUUCUAAGAAACUACUUACAAAAUGGGACUACCACUGACCAAUUGGAUGAUCCUGUUCAUAUGUGCAUAUGUAAAAACAUGGGAAUUUUGUAUAUAUGGAAAUUUAUAAUUUAUCAUGGAAAUUCAAUAUGUUUCUUAUAAUGUUUUAUACUGUAACUCCUCUCUGUGAUGUUGUAGCCAAGAAAGUGCCCUCGAGGAUUUGAGCGAAUACUAUUCAGGUGGAAAUAUUCCACCACCAAAAAAAAAAUAAUAAUAAUAAAAAAUCAGUUAAUUUGUCAUACGGAGCUAAACUUUUGCUGUCGUUUCAUACCUGUACCAAACUUAUAACCCGAGAUGUAUGAAGGUUUAUACAGAUUUUGUAUUAAUAUCUCUUAUUUUGGUCCUGACAGAAGUUGCAGAGGACGUUGUUGAGUAUAUCCUGAUCAAAGAUCAAAUUGAAAGCACUUAAUUAUAUUUUCACACGUUUGCUUGUGUCAUUAGUGGGGAAACAGCUAGUCUCCUUCAUUUAAAAAAAAAAAAAAAAUCCUAGACAAAUACCCUCAGGCUGAAUUGGCAUGUUUUGUUAGCGGCUUGUUUUAAAGAUUAUGAUUAGCAAAAUGGGAAAAAAACAAAACAAAACAUGCUGUGACAACUGUGAGAGACGCACAACUGUGUCGACAGCUUUUAAGCGAUGUCCCGGCAUUUUCUUUUGUAACGUUUUUGUCUCAUCACUUAGUGCAGCAAAGCGGUCAGCAGGUCUGCUGUUGCAGCCUGAUCUGCUAAUAUAUCCGCACAUUUCCAGUUAAGAAACAUUUUUGGAAAGAAAGAAAUAUAACGUAGAUUUUUUUUGUUUUUUUUUUAAAGGCAGUUGCACAUUAAGAAAAUUGUGUCAUUUAUCAAACACGUCUUCCCUGUUAAGAUGAUUUUUUUCCCCCCUAUUGUACAUUGUGAUUUAUUGCUGACAUAUUCCUGGAGUUUAAAACACUGCUAGUUUUGUUAGAAGGCUUUAAUGUCACACCGAUUUACAACAGUCAUCUCAUUUUACUUUCAAAGCUCAUCCUAUGAUCUGAAGAGUACACGUGUGCACUAUUUGUUGUACAAAAAAAAAAAACAAAAAAGGCUGCCAGGGUCAUGAGUGAGUAUGCUACAGAGAUUAAAUGUGUUACGAGACUGACUUUGUACGCUGUUACAUGCAAUCCAAUGAGUGCAAGCUGUUUUGACUAUGCUGCUGAGAAUUCAAAUAUCAAAGCUGUUGGAUGUACCCUACACUUGAGUCGAAACGGCCUUCUACGCACAUUUAAUGCAAAGCCAGUGAGAAUGCUAAAAUGCUAUAAUGAUGAAAAAUGAAGAGUGCAUAUUUAUUGACGUUUAAUAUGUUGUUCAAAAGCAGUUCGGAGAUGUGUUUGCUGCAUCAGAAGCUGUAUGAAUCCAUUGAAGAGCUUCACCCUUUUUGGAGGAUUUUGAGUCUGUUUGCUACUUCUUCUUUUCUUCCUUUCACUUUGUUCUCUUCAUUCCUUCUUGCACUCAUUUCAAAGUCAAAAUGAUUGUUAUAAAGUAUGUUAUACCUGGAGUUGGCUGACUUACUGUUGUUGGCAUAGCUUAUUGACUGG